AUGCAACCACAUGCUCGCCAUGCCGGUUCGGACUCAUCCUCCUCUGGUACAGGCAAACCUCUUCCUUCAGUACCUCCCAUAGACACCGUCUCUCCAAGAAGUCCUGAGUCCCCUAUCAACUAUUCACCAUCGAUCAAACGGAAGCCGCUGCCUCUCAGUGCUGUAUCACCUCCUCCUAUACCAAUCUUCUCGGGCCUACCCUUACCGCAAGACCAAGACCGGGCCACUGCCCCUCCUUCGUCCAAUGCUCUUAACGAUGUCCUUGACACAGCACCACAAGAAGCCGUAGAAUUCUUUACUCCAUUUGAACACGAUCCACGAGCACAUUACUUCUCUGGUCCAGUUGAUACACCAAACAGGGUGUCGAUUAACGAUUUCCCUGUACCUCCUAUAACUCAUUCUCAGACACCAAUCGUUGCAGAUGAAGGAGAGGCGGUAGGAUCCAAGGGCAAGGGCAUGGGAUUGAGGCUCGGGGAGAGGCCUGCGCCUCUGCGCAUGGAAUCCAUCAAUUCCGCAAAAUCGUUGGACACCAAGAAACCACAAACACCUGGCAGCAAGUUUACCUCCUUCUUUAUGAGGAAACCACACCCCUCUCCAGGUGCAGACUCAGCCGUAACAGAAAUAUCCGAAGGUAGAUCGCCUGCUCCAUCGCCCUAUCCGCAAUCUGAUACGGGCUCUGGUCGCGGAUCAGGCGCCUACUUCAACCUCACUUCAGGCAGGACGAAUAAGUUUGGAUCACAAGACAGCAUUGAAUAUUCUCAAAGUACACGCGGUUCAGCUGACAUUCGGUGCAACGCGCUUGAAGCAGAAUUGAAGGAAAUUAGUAUCGAGCUUGCCAACUCCAUACGCCGUGAGCUCGAUCUCGAAGACAUCAUUGAGAAGUUGCAAUCGGAAAAUCCACCUAUAUACUCGGCCGAUCGCACAAGCGACUAUUUCUCCGAUUCUGGCGCAAGCUCACUUCGAGCCGAUGGCAGCGAAAUUACUGCUAAAGAAGAGCUUGAUAAGGUCAAGCGUGACGCGGAACAACAAAGGGCUCAACUAAGGGUCGAUCUGUCGCAGAGGUGGCAGAAUGAGACUUCACAACGUAAGACAUUGGAGACCGCCUUUGACGAUCUUCGUCGGAAGCUACAUGAAGAGAGAAAAGCAAAAGAGAAUAUCGAGGAUCUGACGAAUGCACUCCGUGGUGAACUGGAACAGAUCCGCUCUCAAUCCAAAGGCGAGCUGGUGAAAUUGCAACAAGAAGUACAACAUCUGAGGGAUGAGAAUGCAGCCCUGAUUAGUGCUCGGGAGAUGGAACGUAAUAUCAACAGGGGCUCAAUGCAUUUCAUCGCCGAGGAGAACGAUGCAGAUCCGGCCAGUCGAGGCACGACGCCCCUUCCCAGGAUCGGCAGUUUGUCCAGAUCAAACACUAUCACAAGUGUACGAAACAACAGAGGCAGUCUAGCACGAUCCGGCUCUUUAACACGUGCCACCUCAACUGUGAAUCGUCCUGGACCAGCCAUCGAGUCAAUCGACCAUGCGGUCGAGAAAAUAAAAUCAGUCGAGCAGCAACGUGACGCGCUCCACAACACAGUCAAGUAUUUGCUCAAGAGACAAGAAAUACAGCAGAAGCAGGUUACGAAAAGAACGCGAAUGCUGGAAACUGAACUCGAGCGAGCACAAAACUCCUCGCCUCAGCCACGGAAACGUGGUUACGAGCGCGAAGUUCGCGUUCUUCGAGCCGAGAUAAACACCCUUCGCAAACGUGCUGACGAUGCGCUGGAUCAGAAAUGGCAAUGUGAAAAGAACCUGGCAGGUCUUAAGAUGGAUUUGGACAGGAACAAGCAGGAGACGGCCUCGUUACAGAAGAUACUACAAGCGCGAGGAUCAGACCCCGAUAUUCAGGGUCUUAUGUCUACCACUCUAGAAAAUGCGAUAAUCGAGAUGCAGAAGGAAAGAGCUAGGAUCCAAGAAUCAUCCAUCCAAUUACGGCAGGAGGAGGAAUUGUCCGAACAGCUCGAAGAAUAUGCUACUCGAUCUGAAGCAUUAUCCACACAGGUCAAGAAGCAGCUUCAGAACAACGCCGCACUACGAGCUAGGCUAAAACAUGCCGUCGAAAGUGGGGAGAGUAACCAGCAUGCAUCAGCAGAGCAAAUCAUUGAGCUGCAAGCAAAGCUUCGUCGACUUGAAGAUCUGAUAGCAUCUGCGCAAGUACAGUCGGAAACUGCCGUUAUGAAACACGAGGAGGAAGUGCGCAUUCUCAAGGCAUCCCAGAAUGCACAGCUGAUGCGAGCGCACUCAGCGGACAAGAAAUUGAAUCCCAACCUGCUCACGCCAACUGUCAGGAGUCCACUCAGCCCAAUGUUCGCCAACAGCAAAAGAUCACCCAAACUAGACAUGACCUCUUCCGGGCCUGGUAUGGCUCUUCACGAAGCAUUACGGACAGAAUACCUGGAGAACAAAGUUACCGAGCUAGAGAAAGCACUUGCCGACACCGAGAGUGAAAUUGGCAAGAUCGUCGGUAAAAUGAACCAGGCUCAAAUCAGUGUCGCUGAGCUCGAGGCCGAGCGUGACGAGGCACUACGUCUAACACGACAGCUUGAAGGCCAAGUCUACGAGGAACGAACACGAUAUGCUCACCUGAUUGAAACGGUCAAUCAAUGGUAA